AUGAUUAAGUUGGCAAUUUUUCCAUUUGCUUUGGCCAAAGCCGCUUUGUCUGGCGAUAAUUUUUAUAAGGUUUCAGAGAAGAAGCGAAAAGAAAGCGAGAAAUUGCGGGAAGUAGUGAAUGAGGUCAAGAAGCUGGAAGCAGACUUGGAUCGAGCGAAUGCACAGUGCAGUGAACUAACCAACGAAAUUUUAUUUGAGGAGAAGCAGCAGAAAGUUAAUUUCACACACUAA